GUUACAAUAAUCAUUGCGUGGUUUGGGAGAAGGCGCAAUCGGAGUGGCCCUCCGGCAUCUGUCGGUUCUCAAGCCACGGCUUCGUGAGAACGCCUUCAGUGUCGACAAUCAAAAGCAACGAACAAUUGUUGUGCAUAUAUCGGUGCACAUGCAAGGAGGUCAAGUUCUGGCUGGGGUUUCCCCGGCCAGCACCUCGCCGGCGCCGGCGGCCCAGCGAGCACGGAGCCUCAGUACGCGUAAUGUCGUAGCUCAGGCGGAUAAUUCAGAGCGCUGGCGCACGCAAGGCGGGAGAGGUGGCGGUGGCGGCGGCCGGGGCGGCGGCCGGGGCGGGGGCCGCGGCGGGGGCGGCGGCGGCAACCGCCGCGGCAAGACGUACGUGAGCGAGAGCGGCAUGACGCUCAAGAGCUACGUGGCCAGUGACGGGCAGGAGCACUUGGGCAGCGCGCUGCAGAAGCGCAGGUACAAGCCCUUCCCGGGCCCGCCGACCAACGGCGGCCCGCCGCUGCGCAUCCUGCCCAUCGGCGGCCUGGGCGAGAUCGGCAUGAACUGCAUGUUGGCGGGCGUGGGCGACAGAUACGUGGUCAUUGACGCCGGCCUGAUGUUCCCCGACUUCUCCGACCUGGGCAUGCAGAAGAUCCUACCCGACACCGACUUCCUGGCUCAGUGGAAGGACCGCAUCGAGGCGCUCAUCAUCACACACGGCCACGAGGACCACAUCGGCGCGCUGCCAUGGGUGGUUCCGGCUCUGGACCCGGCCACGCCCAUCUACGCCUCGUCCUUCGUGAUGCAGCUGGUGAAGCGGCGUCUCACCGAGUACAACCUAUGGGACGAGAAGCGCUUCAUCACCUUUGACAUGCGGCAGCGCUUCCAGGCGGGGCCCUUCGAGAUCGAGCCGGUGCGCGUGACGCACUCCAUCCCGGACUGCUGCGGCCUCAUCAUGCGCAGCGACGAGGGAACCAUUGUGCACACCGGCGACUGGAAGAUCGACGAGAACCCUCUGGACGGCGAGCAGUUCGACCGCGAGCUGUUCAUGGCGCUGGGCAGUGAGCCCGUGGCGCUCAUGAUGAGCGACUCCACAAACGUGCUCAGCCCCGGCCGCACACUCAGCGAGCAGGUGGUGCACGACUCCCUGGUGGAGAAGGUGUUGGAGCACAACGGUCGGGGCCGGGUCAUCUGCACCCAGUUCGCAUCCAACCUCCACCGCCUGUACGGCGUGAAGCGCGCGGCGGACGCGGCGGGGCGGAAGAUCUGCUUCGUGGGCGCCUCCCUGAACCACUACCUGGAGGCCGCCUGGCGGGACGGCCGCGCGCCCUUCGACCCCAAGGAGCUCAUGCCCACCGAGCAGCUGAGGCACGCCAACCCCAACGAGGUGCUGAUUGUGACUACGGGCAGUCAGGGAGAGCCGCGGGCGCAGCUGUCCAUGGCGGCCCGUGACCAGUCCAACAUCCUCAAGACACUGCCCGGGGACCUGCUGCUGUACAGCGCCAAGGUCAUCCCCGGCAAUGAGGGCAAGGUGACCAAGAUGCUCAACGCACUGGCGGGGCAGGGCGCGCGCGUGAGGCAGAGCCGCGCCGACAACCUGCACACCUCGGGCCACGCCUACCAGGAGGAGCUGGUGGAGCUGCUGCAGUCGGUGCGCCCGCAGCACUUCCUGCCCGUGCACGGCGAGUACGCGUUCCUCACAGAGCACGCGCUGCUGGCCAAGACGCGAGCCGGCGUCAACUUCACAGACGUCAUUCGCAACGGCGAGAUGCUGGCGGUGCGCGAGCGGCGCAACCGCAACACCGUGUCCACGGGCUCCAUGGCAGUGGCGGCGGCCCGCGGCGGCUUCGAGGCGCCCACCAUGGUCAAGUACGACGGCGAGGAGCCCACCUACUUCUUCAACGACGGCGGCAAGGGCACCGGCACACGCACGGAGAUGGAGAUCGACAUGCGCGGCACGAUGGCGAUGGAGGGCGUGGUGGUGGUGGGCGUGGACGUGAUCCGGCGCAGCGCGGGCGACUACGGACUGGGUUGCGGCGUGCGUGUCACCACACGCGGCAUGUGGACGGAUGAGGGCAAGCUGCCGGCGGAGCUGACGGCGGCUGUGGAGAAUGCGGUGGCCCGGCUGUCGGGCACCUGCAGUCUGGUGGAGGUGGAGCGGGCGGCCAUCGACGCCGUCAAGCGCCGCUGCAUCGCCUUCAACAACAAGCGGCCAGAGGUCAUUGCCAUCGCUUACGAGCACGACCCGCGCGAUGCUCACGUGGCGGAGGUGGCGGAGGCGCGUGCCGACGCGGCAGCGCGGGCCAACCGGGCCCGCGGGGAGCCAGAGGACGCCGGCGGCCCAGCCUCCGUGCUGACGCCGCGUCGCAAGGCCCAGAACCCCUGGGAGUCCGGCGCCGCCGGCUCCAGCAUCCGCCCCUCCGCCCCCUCCACCUCUGCCACGGCGCCCGUACGCUCCGCUCCGGCCUCUCCCGCGGCCAGCUCCAGAGCUCCGGGCGUGCUGGUCCCCGGCGGCGCCCGCCGCACGCGCCUGCCCGCGCCGGAGCCGGCGCCGGAGCCAGCGCCCGAGGAGCCUCCGGCGCCCGCGCCCGCGCCAGCGGCGCGCAAGGUCCGCCGCAGCCGCACCACCACCGCGCCUGCGCCCGACAGCGACGGCAUCAUCUCCAUCAGCGGCAGCACGGACGACGACGAGGACGCCGCGGCGGCGGCUGGGCCCGCCUCGGGCUCGGUGGCUGCGGAUGAGGACAGCAAGCUGAGCCGCAUGCUGCGCGCGCGCAAGGCGGCCGCCAGCACGCGCCGCACGCGUGCCGACAAGGGCGAGGAGGGCGCCGGGACGCUGACGCCUCUGGACCCCAAGGUCAUUGCGGACCGGCGGCAGCGCAACCCGCGCGACCGGCCGCAUUCGAUUGAGGACCCCGAUUACGGCUAAGGUGUCGUGGGCGCGGGGACAGCGGCAGUUGUGGUAGGGGCCCUGGGUGCUGCUGGUACUUGUAGCUGCGGCGCGCAAUGAGCGCCGCCUGGGGCGGGGGAUGUAGAUACCAGCCCACACUGGGGAGGAUAGGAGGUGCACGGAGGUGGCGGCUUGCGUGGGCUGGCAAAGGUGGCCAUGGCAUCUGCCGUGCCAGUGCCUGUGUGUGAGUCCUGGGCAGCGGGGGUGCAUAGAGUAGGUAGAGCGGCGCUACAGGCUGUGGCAGGCGGCAGGCGGUGGCAUGCAGCAGGGCCGGGGGUGCGCUAAUUUGCCGGUGGGCUUAGGUUAUGGGUGUGCUGGGUAGCGGCGUUUGGUUAGUAUUCCGUACCGGUCGGUGCUGGUAGUCUCCGUGAGCUGCCUGUAUGUGUGGGUGCGUAGGUUGGGAUGUAACUAGUACCUGUGAGCUACGCGCCGCGAGCGGAGGAGUAUAGAGAACUGCACGUGUGGGGGUUGGUGCAGCAGGAAAGAUACGCACGCCAUCGCAGCUACUGCUCGUGAGCCUCGGCGCAUAGCGCAACGGGGACCUUGCUGUAAGAGUCGUACCUG